CCAACGCCUCCAGCGUCCUGAAAGAUCAGGGCCCCGCAGACAGUGACCCCUCCAUGCCCUGCAGAGACCAGGAGAUCCCCACCUUCGAGGAGUGGACCAAAAUCAUGCUGGAGGUGGAGAGCGAGAAGACUCAGGUCACACACCCGUCUGAAGGCUUUCAAGCCACGGGGAAGAAGCUCCAGCAGACCGUCACUAACUACGCCUCUGUGGAGUGUGGAGCUAAGAUCCUGUCCUCCAACCCUGAGGCCAAGAGCACUUCAGCUAUCCUGAUGGAGAACAUGGACAUGUACAUGCUGAAUCCCUGCAAUAACAAGAUCUGGUUCAUCAUUGAGCUCUGUCAGCCCAUUCAGAUCAAGCAGCUGGACAUCGCCAACUUUGAGAUCUUCUCCUCAAACCCCAAAGACUUCCUGGUGUCCAUCAGCGACAGAUACCCAAACAAAAAAUGGGUGAAGCUGGGGACGUUUCAUGCGCGUGAUGAGCGGGCAGUACAGAGUUUUCCUCUGGAUGAGCAUCUGUUUGCUAAAUACAUCAAGAUAUUCACCAAAUACAUCAAGGUAGAGCUGCUGUCACACUUCGGCUCAGAACACUUCUGUCCUCUUAGUCUGAUCAGGGUUUAUGGCACGAGUAUGAUGGAGGGUAUGAGAUGA